CUAUAUAUAACAACGGCCAAGCCAGAGUCACAUAGCACAGGUCGUAGCACGCUAUGUUGCUUGUGUUAACACUUCUCCCGGCCUUAGUGCUGGGUGAACAACUGAAGAACGCCGACUUCGACAGCACAACGUACUCUGCCUCCGCAGGAUGGUCGUGCAACAACUGUGCGGCUUCCGCCAGCACCGACAGGCACUCAGGGUCACACAGCGUCAAGGUCACAAACAGAAAGCAUGACUGGGCCGGUAUCACACAGACUUUCCCUGCCCAAGGAGGACACCUGUACCUGUUUCGGGCCUAUGUGAAAAUCCUGAAUUUGGCUCAGGGCAAGAUGUACCACACCAUGGACGUGAUGCUUGAAAUCAAAGAUAACGGGGGAAACUCCCAGUACGUGCAGGUGGGCUACACACCCCACAUCAAACCUGGAGACUGGCACGUCGUCGGUGGAGACUACCGCAUGCCUGGCGGUUUCAAAGAGGCGAGAGUGUAUUUCCAGAUCCACGAGCCAGAAGUGAAUUAUCUCUUGGACUCUGCCACUAUACAGGAAGUUCCUCACAUUUCCAACCUAAAGUCUGAAACAAACGGCAGAAUUGACCAGCUACGCAAAGCCAACAUCAAUAUCAGGGUAACGGACAACCAUGUACAUCCAUCUGGUCUUACUGUAGAGGUCCACCAAACAAGCAGCGAGUUCGGUUGGGGUUCUGCCGUGGAUGCCAAUGACAUCACAGACUCACAACACAAGAAAUAUCAGGACUACUUCUAUGACAAUUUUGAGUGGGCUGUUCUGGAGAAUGCUCUAAAGUGGUACUCAAUGGAGCCCCAGCAGGGUCAAAACAAUGUUGCUCUGCCGAACAAAGCUGUCAACACAUUGCGAUCAAAAGGGAUCAAAGUGAGAGGACAUAACAUAUUUUGGGCUGUACCCAAAUGGGCACCUAAGUGGCAGUCCCAGAUAUCUGCAUCAGCUCUGAAGAAAGAGAUGCAGUACAGGAUUGGUGAAAGUGUUGGCUACUUCAAGGGAAGGUUGCCUCACUGGGACGUAAAUAACGAAAACACUCAUGGCGACUUCUAUGCCCAACGUCUACACGACCCUGACAUCACCAUGUGGAUGUUCAGGGAGGCUCACAACGCUGACCCAAGCACUCUACUCUUCCUCAACGACUAUGACAUCGUGAGCGGACAUGGGGCCACCACGGGAUAUGAAGACCAAGCUCAGUAUCUACGCAGUAAGGGUGUUCCUGUACAGAGAAUAGGCAUUCAGUCUCACCUUAGUGGAGGAGGACUUGACAUCGACGCAAUCAAGCAUCGGUUGGACGAGGUGGCUCGUGCAGGUCUGAAGAUGUGGAUCACAGAGCUGGAUAUUAAUGAUGGCAAUGAAAACACAAAGGCUGAUAAGUAUGAGCAGGUGAUGCGACUGUACUUCAGUCAUCCUGCCAUAGAGGGAAUCAUGUUCUGGGGAUACUGGGAUGGCAGACAUUGGCUACCAAAUGCUGCUCUUGCUAACGGUCCAAAUGUAACACCAAACGCUGCAGGACGGAGGGUAAAACAGCUGAUCAAGGGGGAGUGGAGGACCAACGAGUCCCACCCAGUCAGUGAGGGCCAGAACCUCCGAGUGAGAGGAUUCAAGGGCGGUUACACAGUGCAGGUCAAACACAACGGAAAUGUCAUCAAAACUGAACACUUCACUCUGGGUGGCAACGGUGUUGAUCUGACCAUCAAUCUGUCGGGAUCAGGCAAUAAUCCGCAUGUUAACAACAUCAUUAUUGGAUAAGUUUCGAGGUAAUAAAUAAAUAUUCCAACA